AGCAACACCAUAUACAUAGUAUCUAUAGAAAGCUAGCGCAUGCACUCAUGCAAGCAUUGUGCAAACAACACUACGGGAAAGAACAGCUUUACUUCAUGAACGUCGGUUAAGGCUCCGGACUUUCUGUCCUACGCCUGAAAGCUUGAUCGAUAGACCAUGGUUAUCACCGAUUCUAAUCUUUUCAAUAGCCAGGUGGAUGACGACGACGCCGUAAUAUCUUACGAAGGCAACGAAGCUAAUCCGGCGCACUCGGAGCGGCCGGGCAGGACCGGAGCAUCGCAGCAGCGCGACUUCCAGGACGACGGCUCGGGUUUAGGGGGCUUGGAUGAUGAGGUGUCUGAGAAUUUCUCAUCCAGCACGUUGAUGCUUGACGGCAAGCCGCGUAGCACACACUCACGUGUGCCUUCGCAGCGUGCUCCGUCCAAUGCCAGCGGUCGCGGUGGGGGCAAUCGCUCAGACUUUGGCGACGAUCUCCCCGGCGAUGGUGACAGCAAGCUCCCUUCUGAAGCAGUCGCGGGUCAUUCUCCUCACCAUAACGCCGCAGGCGGUGAAUCUUACGCCGCCGAUGAUGUCCUGGGUGCCACCGUCAGCUCAUCCAUCGCGCUAUCUGAGUCAGCUUUAGAGCAUCCCGGCAAGCCGGCGUCCCGGCGGGCACCGUCCGCAGCACCCAGCAGCAAAGCUCCUUCCGAAGCAGGCGCUGGGCGUAACACGCGGACCGGUAUUGCCGCGGGCGGCAACUCGCAAUCCUCGGAGAUCGUGCUGGGGGAGAGCGCUUUGGACGACGGUCCUGCGGAUGCAGCAUCCGAGCGACGCGGCAAGCCGUCCUCCCACCGCGCACCAUCCACUGCAGCAGGAAGCACUCGAGGAGGAGGAGCAGGAGGGUCGGAGGCAGGCGGCGCGCUCUCGGCCCGUUCCAGCUUCGUCGGAGGCGACACCUACUCAAUUGACUUUGACGGUGCUGCUGCUUCAGAGGCGCCGGCGACAGCUCCUUCGCCGCCGGUCCGGCGGCGAUCCUCCCUUGCUAGCUCCCUCCGGCAAUCCGUGGCGUCCCAGAAGUCCCUUUCAUCACCAGGACCGCCACCGCCAGCAGCAGCAGGGACAGCAGCUUCACCCGCCGGCGGCGGCAGCGAGCAGCACCAGCAACACGGGGUGGCGGCAGCUGCGGCAGAUGCCUCCCUGAGCUACAGCAUUGCACUGGACGACACAGCCAGCGUCCGCUCCGGUGCUGCUGCUCCUCCCGCUGCUGCUUCCCGACGCACCAGCGGUUCACAUUCGCCGGCCGUCCAACCACCUGCGGCAGCCCAUUCGCCAGCAGCAGCCCUGCCAGCCGGUUUCGGAGCCGCUGGCUCGGUACGGUCUGGCCGUUCCGCCGCGGCGUCAUCCUCAAUUAUACGCAGCGCAGGAACCACCGCUACUGGUGCCGCUGAGAGCCACGCGGACUACAACCAAAGUUCGGACUCCGUUGAGGCGGGGGCAGAGGCGGAGGCGGGGGGCGAUGCAGCCAGCGCACGAUCUGGGUCGCGUCGCAGCGGCAACGCCACGCCGCCUCGAGCCGGCCCGGGCUCGGCACACAGCGCAUCCGUCCGCUCCGCGCACUCCGCUGCUGCGCACGUGCCCUCGCCUCACACACCGGCGGUUGCGGCAGCAGCCACGGCAGGAAGGCCGGGCAGUGACGGCAGUGAUUACGACCAGAGUGGCGAUGGCUUCGAGGAUGAACCCUUGGACGAUGAUUCAGAGGAGGAGGAGGUUGCCAGCAGGCGCUCUGCACCCGCGUCCGCGCACGGCAAGGCCGGCGGCAGCGGCGCGGUCGCCUCCGCAUCAGCCAUCCGCGGCACGGCCCCCUCGGUGUCCGGAUACUCUGCUCGUUCCGCCAACACAGCUCGAAGUGCGGGCGGCGCCCGGAUGAGCGGCACUUACAGUCAGGGCACGGGCGCGUUCGAGGACGAACCCCUCACGGACGAACCCGCGGAGAGCGUGUUCGCAGCUUCUGAGAAUGCGGUUCCACACGGGUCAAAGCGCGCCAGCGGAUCCGUGUUGGGCACCCCCCGUGCACCCUCGACAUCAGGUGUUUCCGUGUCUAGUCGCCGUACGGGCAGAAGUACGAUUAUGGCAAUGGCGGCUUCGGAGCAUCCAUCCGGUGGCGGGGAUCACUUGCGGCACCCUCAUGCUGAUGAGGCGUACCCGGGGGGCCCCGGUGAGGGCUUCCUGGCCCCAGGCUAUGACAGUGUGGGUGACGUGGGCGAGCCCUCCGUGGCAUGGCAGGCGCCGGCUUCGGAAAGCGGUCAAAGCACGGUCAACGCAGGAGGUGGCGGUGGAGGUGGUGCUGCCGGUGGUGGCGGCGGCAGCAGCGGUGCUGCGGGCGCUAGUGCCAGCAUGUCUGGCAGCAUCUUCCAGCCGGAACCCACUUCUGCUAGUGCAGCCGCUCGCAAUCGCCGUCCAGGCAGUGCCGUUUUCCGUCGCCUGCCCGCGGAUGCGGGCGCGGACAGCAACACAGCGCACCCCCACCAUCAUCACCACCAUGGCAACAACGACCCGCACCACCACCAUCACCGUGCCUCUUCCGCUCGCAGCUCCGCAGCAGACGAUUCCGCCUCCGGCCUUUUCGGCCUGGAGGAGGAGGACGACUGGAACGAGGGCGCCAUCCGCGUCGCUGCGCCGGGCGUGCAGCAGCGGCAGCAGCGGCUGGACCGGCCCGCCUCCGCCUCGCCUCGCGACCUGCGGGCCAGUGCGGUGGAGGGGCUGCCUCGGAAGCACCCCGCCUCCUGGGACUGCGUGGAGGUGGCCAACUGGGUGGAGUUCCUGGGGCUGGGGCAGUACCGCAGGCGCUUCCUGCACCACUACAUCGACGGCCGCCUGCUGCUGCAGCUCUCCGACGCCCAGCUCAAAACCGAGCUCGGCAUCGCGCCCGCCGUACACCGCCGAGCCAUCCUGGACUCCGCCGGCGCGCUGCUGCGGCAGUUCCACGAAUCCCAGCGGGAGCGCAUGCUGGCUGCAUCCUACCACGAACACGCAUCCAACCCGCAUGCUUCUGUCACCGUCACCACCACCUCCGUCUCCCCCGGCCGCGGCGAGUCCCCGGGUCGCAGCGCUGCUGCUGCUGGUUACACAGACGACAGCGUCGGAGGCAAUACCCGACGGGAAUACGUUCGCCCCGGUAGCGCCCCUAGAGCUGCCGCCCGCGCCCGCACCCGACCCGCCAGUGCGUUGCCGGGGGGUGCAGUCGAGGCCUCACCGCGGGCUGCAGGCGCCCAGGGGAGUCCCGCGGCGCGGCGGCGGCCUUCGUCUGCGUCACGUGCCGCCCCGCUGGUGCCCCCGGAUGCCUACCUGGGUCCUGCCAUGGGCAAGGUGACGGCGUACGAGCAGCGGUCCAAGCUGCUGUUUGAGCUGGACAGAGCGCAGGCCCGCGCGGAGCAGCACCGAGUGCUGGCGGAGCAGCUGCAGCACAAGGCGCAGCUGUCCGCCAAGGACGUGGCUCGCGCGCGGGGGGCGCUGCUGGAUAAUGAGCACAAGAACAAGGGGGCGUUCGGGCUGAUGAUGGGGGCAGCGGUUGCGGGCGGGGGACCGGGCAGUGUGGGGCUGAUGAUGGGGGGGAAGGACAACAAGUCGUUCAUCCCUUGGUGCCCCGUGGGCAAGAGAACUACGAACAUGAACUGGCACCCCGAGCGCUUCGCGCGCCCCGGCGAGCCUGACACGGUGGACCUCACCUUCCAGCCGCGCUGCACCAACGCGGAGAGCAAGAAGCUGCUGGGGGAGCGGGGCGGCAGUCCGGGGGGCGGGCGGGGGGGCAGCCCGGGGGGCGGUGCGGGGGAGGGGGCGGACCAGUCGGCGGUCGUGAAUGGCUUCUUGGAGCGCCUGAACAACGACCUGCGCAAGCGGGAGCAGUCGCGCAAGGAGCUCACCCGGCGCUACUGGAGCGAGGGCAGCGGCGCUGCAGCCGCCAAGCAGGCUGAGGCGGACUGGAAGCUGGUGUCGGAGGCGCUCAGCAGCCGCUGCAAGAUGGACAUGGGCAGCGAGCCGGCGGAGUAUGAGGGGCAGAUUGAUGAGGCCAUGUCCAAGCUGAGCACCUCCGAGAGCUGGCGCGAGGCGGGGCUGCGGGACGGCCCCAUCAAGGCCGCCAAGGGGCCCGCCAAGGUGGCAGCGGCGGCGGCUGCACUGCGCUCGCUGUCCUUCAUGGAGAGGUACCGCUCCGACCUGAAGAGCAAGGACAGGAAGCUCAAGGACCUUGAGAGGAAGUGGCUGAGUCAGACGCUGGGCACCCAGUACCUGCCCAGCGCCAAGGACAAGGAGGACCUGGAGCAGGCGGUGCAGUUCUUCGCGCUGCUGGGCUGGCGCGACGACGACGGCAGCCCGGCGGAGGCGGCGGUGCAGCCCUACCUGCUGGACAGGCUGCUGGAACGUGCCAUCGCCUACCGCAAGCAGUACGACCGCUGGUGGCAGCGCGUGAGGGACCGACCCGAGGAGCGCGCUGCCGGCUUCCACUGCGAGAUCGACUGGACUCUCCCCCCCUGGGACACGGACGGCCUGGCCGCCCCCAUGGAGGAGGAGAUGGAGCGCAUGGCACUGGCGGCGGAGGCGGCGGCAGCCAGUGGGGCGGGCGGCACCCUAACCCAGUACGGCACCGGUUUCGCCGCGGUGGACGUGGCCCCCGUGGCUCCCGGCCCCGGCCCCAGCAGCCGCGGGGGGCAGCAGCACCCGCAGCUGCGCGCCUCCUCGGCUGCCGCGGGGGCGGGUGUGAUGGACUUUGUGGACUUCACGGUCCGGCUGCUGGGGCGGGCGCACCUGGAGGACCUGCACAAGCUGAUGACGCUGGCGGAGCGGCAGAAGAGGCUGGGGGUGUACCGGGCGAUCCGCACCCAGAAGUUCAUCGAGUUCACGCAGCGCGACAUGGAGGAGCGCAACCGCAAGCUGCGCCACGCCUACGCCACCCUGGCCCCCGCGCGCCGCAAGGUGCCCUCCUCCCGCAUCGAGGCGUUCUUCGAGCGGCUGGCAGAGGAUGCGGCGCGGCGGCGGGCGCGGGCGGAGCGGCUGGCACACGACAAGGUGGCGAAGGAGGCGGCCAUCCUGGCGUCGUCGGUGAUUUACGGGCGGCCGAGGUCGGCAAGGUGACGAGGGAAGGGAGUGGGGAGGUGGUGGUGGUGGUGGGGUGGGGUGGUUGAGGAGGAGAGGGGAGGAUGGGGAGGAUGGCUAUGUGGCAUGGACUGCAUAAUGGUAUUGGGAACGAAGGGGGAGGAGGAAAUGUGGUCGUCCUCUGUGCUUUUGGUGGGUUGCAAGAGGGGAACGGGGGUUGUCCAGAAGGGGGACGAGGGCGUUGGGAGGUGAGGGCAAGAAUGCGAUGCAUGGAUGCACAGUGGAAGGUGGUAGGGGGUGAAGGUAGAUCGUAGUACAGCAAAGGAAAGGAAUCCGUGAAGGAAGGAAGCGCAAGAGGUUUGGGCUUGGGCUAGCUUGGACUGAGCUUUAACAGCGGCUAAAGGGAUGAUGCUUACAGAUGCUUGCUUGUGGAGUUCUUGUAAGGGAACGAGGAACAGGAGGUAGUAGCGUGGGUUACACGCUUCAGCUGUAGGCGUUGGCUGGCGCUUUGCUGCUUGGAUGGCUGACUGGGGGGGUGUGCGGUGCACUGGGAACGAAGGUUGGAGUUGACUCGUCCGCUGUGCUGUUGUUGGGAGUGCUGUGCUGUGGCGCGUGGCUGCGACUGGCUCCUGAACGUGAUGCUUGGCCCCGUGAUGCCCCGGCCCCGGCUGCUCUUGCUGCUGCUUGCAUGAGCUACCGGUAAUAAGGCUUACGUGAUUACUAAACGCUCGUUGUGAUAGGUUUUACUUUGCGUACGUGGUUGCUUGCUUGCAUACCGUAGUUAUGUGGGGACUUUGGUUUGGGUUGCCAUUAGAGACCGUAGCAAUGGGGAGUGGCUGUGAGCCGUGAGAUGUCGUUGCGGUCCGUUGGUACGUCGGCGGCGGUUAGCGGUUGUAUUAGUUUGGGGCUAUGCUGAAGGGGCUACGCUGAAGACACUUGCAGAGCUGCGAUGCUCGUUUGGCUGUAGUUGAACUGUUGACCUUAUGACCCGUCUUGACGUGCAAGGUGCUCCACGCCUCUUGUCCUGCCGAGCUCAUGUAUUAACAGGCACGUUGGCCGCUUAAACUUUCACAAUAGGGGAGGGGGGCACGGAGCAUAAUGAACUUGUAAUAUGCUAGGUAGCGUAGAAGAAUCGCUGGGUCUGAGAGAUGCUGUGCCCUUCUGUACGACAGCACCCAAGUGACUUCCGCCCAUAUCUGGACCGUUCGAGUUUCUAAAUGUAAGCCGAUCUAUUAUGA